AUCUGAGCAUGCGCGACUCAAAACUGCACUCUCCUCACAUUGGGAUGUGACAGUACGCGUUCUUUAACUGUCUAUGAGUAUACCUGCUGCCUGUCUGUCGUUCUCUGAACCUUCGGUCCAGCGUGUUUAAAGAUGACUGACUUAAUUUCAACGACUUCUUAGCCCCGAGAAACAUACAAACAGGAAACAGUGAGGCCGCACGCAAACGCUAACAGCGCACUGGCAGUACAACAUCACCGGCACAGCAGUCGUAGUACUGACAGGUAGUAUGUCUUCGUCCACCGCACUAGACACCGCCGUUAAAAAGAAGCACGUUCGUUUCGCCAGCAUGGAGGACGACAACGACGACCAGGAGGACACCCUGUUCGACAAAAGGAAGGAUACAAGAAGAGGACUGAAGAGUGCGCUGAAGGCGGUUAAGCGGGCGACAAAACCAGGAUUCGACGACCGAGUGGAUGUGGUCGGCGGAAGAAGGGGCGGACAUGGCGCGUGCGGCCGCUGGAUGGUCACCCUCGCCCUCUGUGCAUCUUUCCUGGGCUUGGGGAUGUGUAUCUCUGUUCUUGGCCCCACGUUCCAGGACCUGGCUGUCAAUGUGAAAAAGAACAUCAGCAACAUUUCAUACAUCUUCGUCGGCCGCUCUUCGGGCUACAUUGGCGGUUCCCUCUUAGCAGGCAUCUUCUUCGACUUCAUGAACCCGCAUCUCCUGUUAGGGGUUUCUAUGCUGGUCACAUCAUUUGGAAUGUGUGCUAUCCCUUUCUGUAAGCAGGCUCUGCUCCUCACUGGACUCAUGUCCCUCAUUGGGAUGUCUAUGGGCAUUCUGGAUACAGGUGGAAAUGUCCUCAUACUGAACACAUGGGGCGAGCAGGCGGGCCCUCACAUGCAGGCUCUGCACUUCAGCUUCGCAGCCGGGGCCUUUGUGUCUCCAAUCAUCGCCAAGCUGCUGUUUGGGCCCGACAGCAACAGCAGCGCAACUUUCAUAGCAACCAGCUCGACACCUCCUAUCACCACAGAACCAAUCAGCAAAACCCCUGAUCUACACACUGUAUUCCAGUACAUCCACAGCAAGACCACCACCUUUAAAUCCAUGUGGGCCUACGUCGUGAUCGGCUCUUUUGUCUUUCUCGUCUCCCUCCUCUUCUUCAUCCUCUACUGUCGCAGCAGCGCGUCACGCGACAAAGCCCCCGCGUCCUCGGGAAAGCCCCUGGUGGCCAAACAUCACAUGGCUCUCGUUGUCCUGCUCUUCUUCUUCUUCUUUGCUUACGUGGGUGCUGAGGUCGCAUACGGCUCAUUCAUCUUCACCUUCGCCAAGGACUAUGCCCGCAUGCCCCCGUCCCAGGCUGCAGGGCUCAACUCGUUGUUCUGGGGGACGUUUGCCGCCUGCAGGGGGUUGGCUAUCUUCUUUGCGGCCUGCAUGUACCCGGGUGCCAUGAUUCUGCUCAGCCUGGUGGGCUCCACCGUGUCCUCUCUGCUGCUCUGCCUCUUCAGCAAGGAGAACGUGGCCCUGUGGGUUUGCUCGGGUCUGUACGGCGCCUCCAUGGCCACCACCUUCCCCAGCGGCAUCUCCUGGCUGGAGCAGUACACCACAGUGACCGCCCACACGGCGGCAGCUUUUGUGGUGGGGGCAGCGUUGGGGGAGAUGGUGCUUCCCGCUCUUGUAGGCUUCCUGCUGGGGAAGUUCCCCAACCACCCCUUGCUCAUGUACCUGUCGCUCAUCACCGCCACCUUCACCUCCAUCCUCUUCCCGGUCAUGUACAAGCUAGCUUCGGCCCCCGGCGGCCAGUCCAGGAAGCCCCGCGUCAGGGGCCGGCGAGACGCAGAUGACAGCGAAUACCGCCAAGCGCUGCUGGAUUCAGGUGCCAAUGAAGAGGAGGAAGAGGAGGAGGAGGAGGAUGAUCAUCAUGACAACGAGGCUGAUCCGUGGACUGAUGCAGACUUUGAGGUCAUUGAAAUGGAUGACACAACCAGUCUCAUCAGUUCACCCAGCAAGGCACCCACUCCUCCUGACGUUUCUGGUCUAACAGGGAGCUCGGCUGCCUCCAACAGCCAGGCGCCGGGACCUGCAGGAGACUGAAAC